ACAAGACGCAAUUAAAAAUUGUAUAAUUUGCUCCAAAUAUGCUCUUUAUUUCGAAAUAAAAUGUUAACGUUCUCGCUCGGAAUUGUAGGGUACUAGUUUAACAUCCACGCGGCUAGAUGGCAGUAAAGAGUUGUUUGACGUACCUCAACGCGUCGAGGAAUCAAAUGCGUUGUUAUUAUGAUAGCUGCUAGUAGCUGGGGUACAUAUUGACUACAUUUGAUCUACAUAAAUAGAUAGGAGUAAGGGCUUGAUUCGUGAUUAUCACUGUUCACAAAUCUGAUUAGUUUUUUUUUCUCCCCAAGUAGUAACUGGCUGGAUAACGUUUAAACGUAAAACGUUUUGUUAAAUGGUAACCGCGUUUGCAUUUCGUGUGUUGUGUUAGCAACAACUGUAGCUAGCUAGAUAUAAUGCCAAGUAGCUAGCUACUGUCAUUAAUGCAGGUGUAAGAGUUUAGUCGGUGUGUGCAAUGCUGUAUAAACCUAGCUAAGUGAGAUUUCUCUUUUUUUUUUACUUACCAAAUCUGAAUUGUGUUUGUACGACUUGAUAGUUGCUUGUACCUUCCUCGGCGACACUGAAACGCCAUCAGUCUUCAAGCUAGAUUUUUUCUAGCUAGAUUUUUUCUAGCUAGAUCAUUUUAGUUAAGCCCUGAUUACAGAUAACAAAAAAAUUGGACACUUCCACAUAUAUUAGACAUAAUUAAAAGGUCUCUGACAAUGUCCUGGCAUGUACUAGCGUAGAGUUGCAACCACGCACUGGAAUCUGUCGGUUUCGUUCAUUACAGUAGCAUCAAUGGGGAAAAGGAAAGAUAUGAUUCACCCGAGGUUUCUUAUUGGUGAUGGGGGUAUCGGACUACACGGCGGCGUCCACAAGCGGAAACACAAAAAGCACAAGAAGCACAAGAAGAAGCACCACAGGGACGACGGCCACUGCUUCUCCGAGGCUCUGGAGUCGGACUCCGUCAUGGUAGUCCGGCCCCCGCCCCAGGUCCGACCCCCUCCCCAGCUCCGGCUCAAGAUCAAACUGGGAGGUCAGACACUGGGGACUAAGAGUGUGCCAACCUUCACCGUGCUUCCAGGGGUUGCCCGCCCUCCCUCUCCAUUGAUGAUCGUUGAUGACGAUGAUGAUGAUGAUGAUGACGAUGAUGAGGAAGAUGAGCCCUCCGAGGGGGUUCCUCUGGAGCAGUACAGGGCCUGGUUGGGUGAGUCCCAAGAUGAGGAUAGUAACCUGGCCCCGUCCCCCCUGCCAGACCUGGACUCAGACUCCAUGCUGGGGGGGCCGGUGGACGAGGAGGAGAAGUGGCUGGACGCCCUGGAGAAAGGCGAGCUGGACGACAACGGGGAGCUGAAGAAGGAGAUCGACGUGUCCCUGCUCACUGCCAGACAGAAAGCCCUUCUGCACAAGCAGCAGAGCCAGCCCCUCCUUGAGCUGCCCAUGGGCUACAAGGAGAAGGAGAUGACGGCCGAGAUGAUGGUAAAGAGGGAGGAACGCGCCCGCAAGAGGCGCCUGCAGGCCGCCAAGAAGGCGGAGGACAACAAGAACCAGACCAUCGAGAGGCUCACCAAGACCAGCAAGGCCAAGAUCAAGAGCAUGAGGGAACGUAAGUCCAAACAGGCCCAGUGCCCCAUGGUCCGCUACAGUGACUCUGCCCAGGGGAUGGCCAUCUCCUUCCCCACCGGGGUGAGCACCCCAGCCCCCCAGCCUCCUCGCCCGCUGCCCCCAGCCCCAGCAGGGUGUGGGGUGACUGGGUGCACCAACCUGAAGAGGUACUCUUGCUCCAAGACUGGGACUCCACUCUGCGGCCUGGAGUGCUAUAAGAAGAACAUGAUACUUGUGGAAAGCGCUGCUUGAACUUUGAAGACGCUUUAGACCAGGGCUGCCCAACCCUGUCUCUGGAGAGCUAGCGGAGAGCUAGGUUCUCCUUCCAACCUUAAUCCAGCACACCUGAUUCAAAUCAUUAGCUGGUCGGCAAGCUGAAUCAUGUUUGUUUACUACUGGGGUUGGAGUGUAAGCCCACUGGAGGGUGUUUUCCAGGAGCAGGGUUGGACCGCCCAGUGAGGAAUCUGCACUGCAGCAUGGAUUCAGCAGACUCAGAGCUCGAUUCAAGGACACAAUGGAGGAGUUCCAUAUAACAAAAAAGUGUCAGAUGAUAUACAGUAAAAAUACAAAAUGUUCUUGUCCCCCCCCCCGUGUUCAAUGACGUUUCAUUUGCCUUUCCUGGUGAGGAUCACAACCUAAUUAUGUGAGCCGAGUCAUUGUCUUGUCAGAGCAUGUCAUGGCCUGGUUAUUGAUCACAGCCUCAGACCAAAGUCAAUGCACAGACAAAUGAUGAUGUAGAAGACUUAUCAUAGGAGUGACAUCUCUUAAAUGAGAAUAUUUCUUUACCCAGCGACACAAUUAUGUUGAUAUGAUCAACGUAACAUCAGUGUUCAAUAAAUUGUAAAAAUAUUAUUUUUAUUAACAGUUUCAAUGCACUGCAGUAUGACACACUCAUUCCCAUACAAAACACUGUACAUUUUUAAAUAAAAAUAAAAAAUCAAAUAAG